GCUCGGCUUCCUGUCCAAGGAGAAGAGGGGCUCGGCUUCCUGUCCAAGGAGAGAGGGGGGCUCGGCUUCUCGGUGGGGUGGAGAUGCCCAGGAGCAGCCUGUCCCGUGAGGCCGAAGAGAAGGGGGGAGCGUCGUCCUGGGAGUCCAGGGGCGUGACGGGGGGCGACGAGGAAGGGGAGGCAGGCGGAGCCCAGGGAGGAGGAGGAGGAGGAGGAAGAGGGAGCAGCAGCAGCAGCAGCAGCAGCAGCAGCAGCAGCAGCGAGAAGAGUCCGGGCAGGUUCUCGCACGGCGGGCCGGCCCAGGAAGACGUGGAGAUGAACAGCAGGAGCGCCGUGGAGCCGGCCGACGGCGGCCCCCCCUCCACGGACAGCGCCAAGAGCGACGUGCCGGAGCGGGGGCGGGACCAGGCGCACCGGGAGAUGAUGCAGACGGUGCAGGAGAUGAAGAAGAGGCUGCCCUCCGAGAGGCGGGGCCACCGCAAGGCCAGCACGGUGGAGGCCCUCAACUACGCCCUCAACUGCGUCAAACAAGUGCAGGCUAACAGUGAGUACUACAAGCUGCUUAUGAGUAAUGGUGUGGUCUUACGGCACGACGCCACUGCCUGCAACCUGGAGGAGCUGGAAUCCAUCACCUCUGAGCACACCCUCAAAAACACGGACACGUUUGUGGCGGUCUUCUCCCUGGCCAGCGGCCGGAUCGUCUACAUCUCGGAGCAGGCGUCCAGCAUCCUCAACUGCAAGAGGAAGUUCCUGGAUUCGGCCAAGUUCGUGGAGCUGCUGUACCACCAGGACAUCAACAUCUUCUACUCCCACACCGCCCAGCCCCACCUGCCACCCUGGAACAUGGGCACCGACAGCGCUGCGAUCCUGUUCGAGUGCGCCCGGGUCAGGUCCUUCUUCUGCAGAAUCAGGUCAGCCCGAGAACGGUCCUUCUGUUUUAGUCGUCACUUUUUUCAUUCAUUUGAAGCUCUUAGCCUUGAAACUUUACAGAAAAUGAGACCGCUGCUCUGUAAUGUUUAUCAGUCCGAUGUAAUGAUAUCAUCGGUAGAAAGGUACAGUAUUAGUAUUUCCAAAGACAAAACUUCAGUUACCAGAAAAACAGAAGGGAAAACUGUGUUUCAAGUAAUGUUUUUCACUAUUGGCUGUAGCGCUGGCUUUGUGUGGAGUGUGAGACUGUAUUGUUGUGUUGGCAGUGCUGUUCCCCUUCUUGGGUACCUUCCUCAGGACCUGAUUGGCACCUCAGUCCUCGCCUGCCUGCAUCCUGAAGACCGCCCACUCAUGCUGGCCAUGCACCGCAAAAUCCUGAAGUACGCCGGCCAGUCGCCCUUCGACCACUCCCCGGUACGGUUCCGCUGCCAGAACGGCGACUACGUCACCCUGGACACCAGCUGGUCCAGCUUCAUCAACCCCUGGAGCCGCAAGGUGGCCUUCGUCAUCGGCAGACACAAAGUCCGCACCGGGCCUCUCAACGAGGACGUGUUUGCGCCGAGGUGUAAAGGACAGCUGCCCGUCAUCGAUGAGGAAAUCAAGGAGCUCCAGGCACAAAUCUACAAGCUCUUCCUGCAGCCAGUGCACAACAACGGCUCCAGUGGGUACGGCAGCCUGGGCAGUAAUGGUUCCCACGAGCACUACAUCAGCGUCGCGUCCUCCAGCGACAGCAACGGCAACGUGUGGGAGGACGCGCAGCGCGAGCCGGUGAGAGGGACACUUGUCGAUGUCAGGAAACAAACAAAAAAAAUCUUAAUCUGCUGUCAUGUUGCUCUUUCCUUUUGGCGUGCAGACGGACUGAGUGCAGGUCUUCCACUUCUCUCCGGGAAGCAGGAGGUCAGAGGGCAUCUCACUGCCUCCCAAGGCAGCUCCAGGAAGCAGCCCCACGUUCCGUCCUACCAGCAGAUCAACUGUGUGGACAGCAUCAUCAGGUAUCUGGAGAGCUACAGCGGCCCGGCUCUGAAGCGCAAGUGCGAGUCUCUGUCCAACACCACCUCCUCGUCCUCUGAAGAAGACAGGACCCCCCCACCCUUGCUGGAGGGAACGCAGCAGGUUGAGGAAGAGUCCCUGCUGGCUACUGGAGCCCCAGACAGCCAGGUGUCAGCCGGGUCUGGAGUGACGACCACAGCGGCAGUGGUGGGGGCCCCCCUGACUGACCUCACCCUCUCCACCAAGGCCAUGAGCGUGGUGUCCGUCACCAGCCAGUGCAGCUACAGCAGCACCAUCGUUCACGUUCCCCAGCCCGAGUCUGAGGUGACCGCGCUGGAGGAUGCCCCGAUGGGCAGCGAGCAGGCGGACCCCCCCCGUGUCGCCCUCUGCUCGGCAGCAGCCCCGGAGGAGUUCCGCAAGGUGGGGCUCACCAAGGAAGUGCUGUCGGCGCACACCCAGAAAGAGGAGCAGGACUACGUGGACCGCUUCCAGCAUCGCAUCCUGCAGAGCCCCUACAGCUCCUACCUGCAGCAGGACAGCAGCAGCAAGGCGCCCUCCCACCACCACGGUGACUAUGUCCCAAGGCCUGCUAGCACAACAGGGUGGAGGAAAUCCAAGACCGGCAAGCCGAAGCACAAGCGGCCCAAGCCGCAGGGCUCCUCCGACAGCUAUGCCUCUCCUCCCGAGAGCUGCCGUGCCCGUAGGCCCCCAGCUGCCCCUGCCUCUCCCCUGUACCAGGCCUGGACCCCUCCUGAGGCCUCGCAGGCCAGGGCCCCCAGUAUGGGCUUCCUCCCACCCGUGGUCAUGCCCUUCCAGCCAGCCUACUUUCCCUUGCCGGCACAGGUGGGUGGUGAGGCAGCAGGGGGCAUGACUCCGAACUCCAGCAGCCAGCAGGGUGGGAAUCCUCUUGCUAUGCAAGGCGUGCAACCCAUGCAGCCAGCGCAGCCAGUCCAUUCAGUGCAGGCAAUGCAAACCAUGCAGCCUCCACUGCCAGUGCAGCAGAUGCAAGGCAUGGUGCCUUAUGUGGCUCCAGUUAUGGCCGUCUUUGUUCCCAGCUUCCCCAACUAUCCCGGCUACCCCAUGUACCCCCAGGAGGUGGGCUCUGUGGGCCCUGCGUCUUCUCCUUCCCCACAGGCUGUCCCCUGCCCUUCCUUUACCCCAGCUCCAUUCCCCGAGACCCAUCCUCCUCAGGGGCCGUACAUAGGCCCCCCCGAGCCCCCUCUCCCGUCUUUGUCCCCCCAGGCCCCCUCCUCUCUUGGAGAGGACCCCGACUCUGCUCAGCCUCCCCCCCUUUUCUCAAGCUCCCGCUCCAGCUCCCCCCUGCAGCUCAACCUGCUGCAGGAGGAGCUUCCCAAGCCAGCAGAGCCACAGGGCGGCGCAGCCCUGCCAGAGAGUCUGCACGAGCCGCACACCAAGGGGGACGAUGCUCCCAGUGAGUCGGGUAACCAGGACAACCAGUCCACAUCGAGUGAGCUGCUGGACCUGCUGCUGCAUGAGGACUCCCGCUCGGGCACGGGUUCAAACGUUUCGGGCAGCGGCUCGGGGGAGUCCGGCGGCUCCUUGGGCUCGGGGUCCAAUGGCUCAGGCUCUAAUGGCACCUCUGCCAGCCAUACAGGGAGCAGCCAGUCCGGCAACAGCAGCAAGUACUUCGCCAGCAACGACUCCUCGGACACGUCCCGCAGCAAGGCGCGCAAGAGCCAGGAGGUGCCGGAGCGGGCCAGCUUCGAGAAGCGCGCGGAAGACUCCCUGUGGACCAUGAUCCAGCACACCCCCGAGCCCAUCAUGAUGAACUACCAGCUCCUGCCCAGGGACCAGGCCCAGGUUCUGACGGAGGACCGCAAGAAGCUGCUGCUCCUGCAGCCUCUGCAGCCCUGGUUCACAGAGGAGCAGAAGGAGGAGCUGGCUGAGGUGCAUCCCUGGAUCUGCCAGCAUGGCCUGCCCCCGGAAAUCGACACACAGGGCUGCAUCAGCUGUAACAGAACGGCAGACCCGCCUGCAGAGCCUCAGACUGCAGACACCCCCGGCCCCACCGCCAGCCCCCUGCGGGUUUCCCAGCUCACUUUACAGAAGCAGCACCUGAAGAGCUGA